AUGUCCAAGGGAGAUGCUAAAACAUUGAAAGAGGAGAUUCAAAAACUAUACGAUCCAUUGUUAUUCUAUUAACAUGGUGAUAAUCCUGCUUAUAAAAGAUACGUUGAAAUAAUGUAAGAAAAUGCUCAGGAGGGUAAGCAAAUAGAUCCAAGAACCUAUUUUGUUAAUAAAUUGCAGAGAAUACAUGUAGCAAGAAACAUUUAAGAUUUUGUAGAGAGGGACUUAAAAUGCUUUAACUUUGUUCGAAUCUUCCCAGUUUGGAUAUGUACAACAGGAUUCUUUUUAUAAGCCGCAUUAACUCAUAGAUAAAUGUUUUUGCCUAUUGGGUAGAGAGGUAUAACCAGCAUUAAAUAGACAUCAUUCUUUUACAAUUUUGGGUAUGUCGGAUUAGCAGGUUAUGGAUUAUAUUUGUUUGGAGCAUCUUACUUAUGGUGGUAAGUCACUAAAAUGACAGGCACCAAAUUCUACAAGCACUGCUUAUUGGGAGAAAGAUAAUGGUCGUAUGAAAGGGAAAGAUAAAAUAACACUUACGGAAAUUACUACUUUAAAGAUGUUCCUUUAUCAUGCGAAGAAAAUUUCCCAGAUCUAGCUAGAGGAGAAAUUGCUAAAAAGCAAAGACCUAAACCAGAAUGGUGAUAUAUUAAUAUUAUACAUUCAUAUAUCAAUAUAAUAUAAUUAACAUAUG